AUGGAGAACUAUGAAAAUGUACCACCCCUCCCUAAAGAACCUGCAAGAGAAAUGAAUGUGGAGAAUCAUGCUUGUCCCCCACCUCUGCCGCCUAACGAACAGCCUCCACCACCUCCCCUGCAAACGUCCAGUGACGCAGAGGUAAUGGACGUUGGCUCUGGUGGUGAUGGACAGUCAGAUACCCCUGCUGGGGACACGCACAGUAUCUGCAGAACACAGCUGCUCACAAAGGGAUCUGCCUGCUACAAAAGUCGUCUUAUAAUAGACCCUAACAAUAGUGACCAAAGCCCAAGAACUGCUCGUCAUGCACCUUCAGUUCGCAAGUUCACCCCAGAUCUUAAGUUACUUAAAGAUGUAAAGAUUAGUGUUAGCUUUACAGAAAGCUGCAAAAGUAAAGAUAGGAAAGUUCUGUACACUGGAAUCGAGCAGGAUUAUAAGGCAGAUACAGAUUUUGGUAUUAAUAAUGUCAAUGGAGAUUUGCAUGUUUGUCCUUUUGGUGGUAGCAAUGGUAAAGCUGUAGGAAUAGGGGGUGAAAACGAUGAAAAGAAAGAUGAUGAGAAUGAUAUUGAUCAGGAAAAGAGAGUGGAAUAUGCAGUUCUGGAUGAGCUGGAAGAUUUUACCGACAAUUUGAUGGAAAUAGAUGAAGAAGGAGGAGGGUUUACAUCUAAAGCAAUCGUUCAAAGAGAUAAAGUGGAUGAAGAAACCUUGAAUUACUCGUAUGAGGAUGACUUUGAUAACGAUGUGGACGCUUUGCUGGAAGAGGGCCUUCGAGCACCCAAAACAAGGAGACUAGAAAAUGAGAAAUACGGUGGUGAAAGUGAUCACCAGUCCGAUGGAGAAACAAGUGUGCAGCCAAUGAUGACCAAAAUUAAAACUGUGCUUAAAAGUCGUGGCCGCCCUCCUACAGAACCUUUGCCAGAUGGAUGGAUCAUGACAUUCCAUAACUCGGGCAUCCCUGUAUAUCUGCACAGAGAAUCUAGAGUUGUUACCUGGUCUAGACCUUAUUUCUUGGGAACAGGAAGCAUAAGGAAACAUGAUCCUCCCCUUAGUAGCAUUCCCUGCUUGCAUUACAAAAAAAUGAAGGAAAACGAGGAAAGGGAACAAAACAAUGACAUAACCCCCAAUGGUGAAGUAUCACCUGUAAAGCACUUAGAUAAAUCUUCAGAACUGGACUGCCAAACGGAAGAACCAGAUUCCACUGCUGCCGAUUCGGGGCCUUUAGAUGAGAAAGACCCCUCGGGGGGAGAUGCAGCACAAGGAGCCUUAGGACAAGUUAAGGCUAAAGUUGAAGUAUGUAAAGAUGAAUCUGUAGAUCUGGAAGAUUUUAGACGGUAUCUUGAAAAGCGUUUUGACUUUGAACAAGUUACCGUAAAAAAAUUCAGAACCUGGGCUGAGAGACGGCAAUUCAAUCGUGAAAUGAAGCGGAAGCAGGCAGAAUCCGAGCGGCCUAUUCUGCCUGCCAAUCAGAAACUCAUUACCUUGUCUGUGCAAGAUGCACCUACAAAGAAAGAAUUUGUCAUUAAUCCCAAUGGGAAAUCAGAAGUUUGCAUACUGCACGAAUAUAUGCAACGAGUCCUAAAGGUUCGCCCUGUUUACAAUUUCUUUGAAUGUGAGAACCCAAGUGAACCUUUUGGAGCCUCAGUGAUUAUUGAUGGAGUAACUUAUGGGGCAGGAACUGCCAGCAGCAAAAAACUUGCCAAGAAUAAAGCUGCUCGAGCUACACUGGAAAUCCUUAUUCCCGACUUUGUUAAACAGACCUCUGAGGAGAAGCCCAAAGACAGUGAAGAACUUGAGUAUUUUAACCAUAUCAGUAUUGAGGACUCACGGGUAUAUGAACUCACCAGUAAAGCUGGACUCUUGUCUCCAUAUCAGAUUCUCCAUGAGUGCCUUAAAAGAAACCACGGAAUGGGUGAUACAUCCAUAAAGUUUGAAGUGAUUCCUGGUAAAAAUCAGAAGAGCGAAUAUGUGAUGACUUGUGGCAAGCACACCGUGCGAGGCUGGUGCAAAAAUAAAAGAGUGGGGAAACAAUUGGCUUCUCAGAAAAUCCUACAGCUACUGCAUCCACAUGUGAAAAAUUGGGGCUCUCUUUUGCGUAUGUACGGUAGAGAAAGCAGCAAGAUGGUUAAACAGGAAACCUCUGAUAAGAGUGUGAUAGAACUUCAGCAGUAUGCCAAAAAGAACAAGCCAAAUCUGCACAUCCUGAACAAGUUACAGGAAGAAAUGAAAAAACUGGCACAAGAAAGAGAGGAAACACGAAAGAAACCCAAGAUGACAAUAGUGGAAUCAGCUCAGCCCGGUAGCGAACCUCUCUGUACUGUUGAUGUGUAAUAGGAAAUUGGCAAGUGGGGAGCAAUAACACAAAAGGAGGAACUAGAUUUUCAACAAUUAUUUCAAAAUUGUUUGCUGCAGAAUGCAAGAUAACUUUUAAAAUCCAAGCUGCUUCAGUUAUGCAUUGUUCUUUUUGCAUCAUCAGGGCAAUAUUACUUUUUCCUUUUUUUUUUUUAAUACCUCUGAGAUACGUAUUUUAAAGGAUUGAUCAUAAAGAUCUCUACUUGGGCAAAUGCACAGAGGACGGGCAUGUUCACACAGGAUAAAACCAUUCAAGCACUUUUUUCUGGAAAGCCAUCCAUGUUGGAAAUGGAUGUGUUUUA